AUGGAGUCUGUGGGAGUAGACACAGGGUCGCGGGAGACGAAUACUCCCCUGCAGAUGGUGUACAAUUUCUGGCGGGAGUUCGGCCUGGAGAGUCUCCGCCCCAAGCUCGACGAGCUCGGCCUAAAGAUUGCGGAAUAUCAAGAGGAGUCGAUGCAGAAUCGACGGAGGCUGGCUGAGGUGACGCGAGAGUUUAGACGGAAAGCAGACGACGCAGUGGUGCGCGGUGUUGGGGACUUGCUGAAGCAAUACCAACAAGAAGUCGACAAAUUGACCAAAAGGGCGAAACAUGGCGAGACGGCCUUCUUGGAUUUGUACCAGAAGAUGUACGAGGCGCCGGAUCCCACACCAGCUGUUUCAACUGCUUUGGAAAGUGCAUCGAGGAUAUUGCAACUGGAGGCUGAAGUUCGACAGACAGCCCAUGAGCUUGGCGAGUACCAGGCGGAGUCGAAGGAACUGAAGAAUCAGGAGCUCACCAUUCGGAGGCUCGAGGACAAGAUCCGAUCCCUGGAGUCGCAGCUAGGCGACAAGAUCAAAGAGUUGGAGGCCGCCCGUCGAGAUGCCAACGCGGGGGCCGAGGCGGAAAUGCGAGACCGCGAAGCGAGGCUUGCCAUUCAGCUCGAAGAAUCGCAAGCUAAUCUCGAGGCUAUGCGUAAACUACACCUGGCUUCACAGAAUCAAGUUUUUUCUAUCCAGUCUCAGACAGAAGAAGAGCGGGCAGGGUACAGGGCUGAGCUGGACAUAGCCGCAGCUGAGAUGGAACGUAUGCAAACGAGGGCGCUUGCUCUCGAGUCCGAAAUGCAGCACCUGGUGAGCGAGCUAGACGGGGUGAAAUCAGGCAAAGAAAGACUUGCUGGCGGGGAGGAGGGUCCUGGCUCAGUCACAGAAAGGGUUCCUACUUUGGAUGAGCAACUGCAGUUGGAGUUGAACCAGCAGAGGCAGCAAUUGAGCCAAAUGAAGGCAGAACUGGAUGCUUCUGAAAAGCAGAUAGAGGAUUACAAACAAAGCACAGCUGGAAGGUUGAAAGGCCUGAAGGAUGCAUUGGAUGCUAAAGAUCAGUAUGCAAGAUCAUUGGAAUCAGAGUUGGCAACAAGACUGACAGCUCAACAGGUCGAUGAUCUCACCAGGCAGAUUCAGUUGCUGCAAGCUGUUCAGUAUAGCUCUGAGGUGGAUACAGCAGAUGGGGAGGAUGGUGCUGCAAAUAGCACAAGUAAACUUGGUGCCGGAUCACUGGAGCGCAUUUUGCUGCAGAAGAGCCGCCACCUUGAGCACGAGUUGACCAAGGCAAAACUGUCCCGUGCAGAUCUUGAGCAGCGUCUCAGCUCUGCUGAGACAACAAUAGCGAACUUGCACAGGGAGUUGGAUGAGAACAGGGGACUUGUAACAAGGCUGGAGGAAGAUCUUGUUGCUCAGUCAUGCCAGGUGUCAGAUGACAGAAAGCCAGUUCAUGGUGAUGGAGCAUCGUUGCCUGGGUUUGGACAGGUAUGCUUCAGCGAUGAAGUGAACAAAGAUAUGACACAUCCUGCUCCUUUGUGGAGUAGGCACCAAUAG